UUCAAUACGAAAAUCUAAUAUUUUAGGCCCACAUAUUUUUUCUAAGACUAUAUAGUAAGUUUGAAAUUAUUAGGUGUUUCAUUCAUACGUUUAAUGAAUAAAUUAGUGAGAACAUUUAAGUCGUAAUAAAUAAAUUAUACAGUAUAACUUAGAUAGUUAAUACAAAAUAUUGUGAUUGGACUGACAUCCUCAUAUUUACUACACAACUAUUUGGUUUUAUAUUUGGUCACAAUUAUGAGACACUUAGUAACAAAAAUAAUAUAGGUUAAUAAUAAUAAGAAUUAAUUAAAAUAAUAAUUUUAUCUUUUUCAGAUGCCGAUGAUAUUGAAAAUAACCAUCUCGAUACUUGGAUUCUUUAACCUAGUGUUCUGCCAAAUGUUGCCAAUGCCGUUUCCAGGACCUUCGCCAAUGGCAUUUCCAGGACGCCCGUUGAUGCCAUACCCAGGAUCUAUGCCAAAUUUCAUGCCACGAACUGUACAGACUGCCAUCAUGCCCAGUGUACCACAACCCUUACCACUUCCAAUGCCAAUGGCAUUACCUCAGCCUAAAUUACCUGUUGUAGUGAUGCCAUUCUAUGAUAAACAAAAAAAUAAGUUGCCAAGGAGGCAUAAAAAGAAGAGAAAGCUCAAAAGAAAAUAUAUCAGCGAUUCCUCAUGCUCGGAUGACUCCGAUACUGAUUAUUCUUCAUCAUCAAAUAUAGACUUUAGAACCAAGAAAAUUAAACAUUCAAAAGGAAAACACAGAAGAAAGCAAGAAGUUCUCACUCCCGUAUUAUCAUAUGUAACUAAGAAUGGUUACGUAGUUUAUCAGAAAAAGAUAAACGGAAACAAAGUUAAAGAUUGGGUGCAAGGGAGAAGUCGAUAUUCCAAUGACAUGCCAAGAGCGACUAAAAGAAACAAAAUGACCGUUGAUGAGCUAAAAAGAAAUAUAUACAAUGUUAAAACUUGCCCAGGCCCUAAUUUUAUUACUAAUGACUAUCUCGUUAUCAGUAUCAGCCCACAAACACGAGAAGCAUUGCUUAAAAUGUUUAAUGCAGAAUUAUGA